UUGGUCACACUAGCGUUGGCCCAAAAGGCGAAAUGUGAUCACUCGAGAGCCACAGAAUUGCCAACAUAUGAAUUAAAAGCGCGCCGACCGGACAGUUGCCAAAUGAUUGGCUACCAGUGCGAGAGUUACAAAGUGUUUACGACCGGGAAGUGCGCCGAUUGUGGCCCCGAUAAUGAACUGUGCCGUCCGAUGGAGUUUUGGCCACAAUAUUAUCCCAAACGUAUCGCUACGCCCACAAAGUUAUCACUAAACAAGUUAUAUCUGUUGACUGCGGCAAAGAAACCCUUUUGUCUUUUUCACUAUCAGAUUGUGAUACUGAUGGCGGAGACAUCAUUGGCCGGCACUUUCACCCUUAACCUCAAAACUGUUAAACCAAUUGUCGCUGAGAUUGAGAGCGAUUUGUUAGGCUUUAAGUCGGGCCAGAAUUAUACCUAUUUAUACACCGAUAGCCAACAUUUGGGACAAAUAGCCGAAGUAAUGGUCAGUUUUAAAAAGAUAAUCGCCGGACAAUUGUCAUCGUUUGGCCCAAAUGUCAAUCCCAUGGCUCCAAAAGCUGUUCCCAAAAUAGCAAUGAUUUCUAUUAAUUUUAUGAGCAAUUUUGACAAAAGUAUACGUAAUAAAUAUUCAUCGAGAUUAUAUGCCGACGCCGAGAGGCCGACAAUAUUUCUUAUCAAAACAAAUGCUAAAAUAUCCAAAUUAUCAAAUAAUCAAAGACCGGUAGCCAGAAAGACCCAGGGCAAAAGACCGCUACACAGAAAGAACGCGAGAUCAAGACCUAGAACCAGAAAGAUAGCGGGAUAA